ACCACCGAAUUGAGCUCUGUCAGAGGCGCUUUCGGCUUCCAAGGGGGAAGUGCAGGGCAGUAAUUAAUGUUUUUAUUAAAUUUGGAGGGAAUUUUUUGCAGCAGUUCGCCUAGCGUGGCCUUCAGCCUAAAAGCCAUCUUGUUCCCCUCUAGGUUGAUAGAAGUCCAGAUCCCGAGGAAAUCUCCAGCUAAAUGCUCAAAAUAUAAAACCCUGAGCUGAGAUUUGCGAAGAGCAGCAGAAUGGAUGGAUUUUAUGACCAGCAAGUGCCUUACAUGGUCACCAAUAAUCAGCGUGGGAGAAAUUGUAACGAGAAACCAACAAAUGUCAGGAAAAGAAAAUUCAUUAACAGAGAUCUGGCUCAUGAUUCAGAAGAACUCUUUCAAGAUCUAAGUCAAUUACAGGAAACAUGGCUUGCAGAAGCUCAGGUACCUGACAAUGAUGAGCAGUUUGUGCCAGACUAUCAGGCUGAAAGUUUGGCUUUUCAUGGCCUACCACUGAAAAUCAAGAAGGAACCCCACAGUCCAUGUUCAGAACUUGGCUCUGCCUGCAGUCAAGAACACCCCUUUAAAUUCAGCUAUGGAGAAAAGUGCCUGUACAAUGUCAGUGCCUACGAUCAGAAGCCACAAGUGGGAAUGAGGCCCUCCAACCCCCCAACCCCAUCCAGCACUCCAGUGUCCCCACUACAUCAUGCAUCUCCAAACUCAACUCACACUCCGAAACCUGACCACGCCUUCCCAGCUCACCUCCCUCCAUCACAGUCCAUGCAAGACAGCAGAUACCCCAUGGACCACAGAUUUCGCCGCCAGCUUUCGGAACCCUGUAAUUCCUUUCCUCCUUUGCCGACGAUGCCAAGGGAAGGACGGCCUAUGUACCAGCGGCAGAUGUCUGAGCCCAACAUCCCCUUCCCACCCCAAGGCUUCAAGCAGGAGUACCACGACCCGGUAUACGAACACAACACCAUGGUCGGGGGCGCGCCCGGCCAAGGCUUCCCCCCGCCUCUGAUGAUUAAACAGGAGCCCAGAGAUUUUGCGUACGACUCAGAAGUGCCUAGCUGCCACUCCAUCUACAUGAGGCAAGAAGGCUUCCUGGCUCAUCCCAGCAGAACAGAAGGCUGUAUGUUUGAAAAGGGCCCCAGGCAGUUUUAUGAUGACACCUGUGUUGUCCCAGAGAAAUUCGAUGGGGACAUCAAACAAGAGCCAGGAAUGUAUCGGGAAGGACCCACGUACCAGCGGCGGGGAUCACUUCAGCUCUGGCAGUUUUUGGUGGCUCUUCUCGACGACCCCUCAAAUUCUCAUUUCAUUGCCUGGACUGGGCGAGGCAUGGAAUUUAAACUGAUUGAGCCUGAAGAGGUGGCCCGGCGUUGGGGCAUUCAGAAAAACAGGCCCGCCAUGAACUAUGAUAAACUUAGCCGUUCACUCCGCUAUUAUUAUGAGAAAGGUAUCAUGCAGAAGGUGGCCGGCGAGAGAUACGUCUACAAAUUCGUGUGUGACCCAGAAGCCCUCUUCUCCAUGGCCUUCCCGGAUAACCAGCGCCCGCUGCUGAAGACGGACAUGGAGCGUCACAUCAACGAAGAGGACACCGUGCCCCUGUCCCACUUCGACGAGAGCAUGGCCUACAUGCCCGAAGGGGGCUGCUGCAACCCCCACGCCUACAGCGAAGGCUACGUGUACUAACACGCGCGACAGUCCCGCAGGGCCUCCUCGCGCUGUCCCUCUUUUUGGAACAUGCAGAGAAUCUCUGAAUUCUCUUCGAUCUUUGUUUGAGUUCUGUUGUUUGUAUUUUAUUUUUAAAUAAUAAUACAAAAAAGGGGCUUUUCCUGUUGCAUUAUUCUAUGGUCUGCCCUGGACUGCGCACUUUAUUUGUGGGUGGGUGGGAGUAAUCUAAACACUUGUUCUGUGUAACAGGAAGAUAAAGGGUGAAUGGGUGGGGGGGGAGCGGGGGAUUACUUUUUACUUAGGCUUGGGAUGGGGUCCUACAGGUUUUAAGUAUGACGAAGCUAUAUCAUGUUCAUUUGAUUUCAUAACAGCAUAAGAAAAUGUUCAUUUUCUCCGGGUGUCUAUGAUACAGUUAAUUCACAUUGUGUAAAUAUCCACUUGGAGACCAUUUGCCUUGGGCAUCUCCCCCUAUCAUUUCUGAGUCUGCAAGGUGUACAAAAAAUCUACUGUAAAUGGCAGUUUAAGUGUUAGAAAUGACUGUUUUUGCACCUCUUGUAGAAAGGUAUUUAGAGAUUGCAUUUGCUGUUUUUUGUUUUGUUUUGCUUUUAUAGAACUCACAGAGGAUAGCCAUAAUAUGGGUAAUUCUCUCCGCAGGUGAGCGAUCACCAUGACUGUAAAUGAGGGGCACAAUUUUGGACUCUGGCUCCACACUGAGUCACAGGCCAGUAGCGUUACAUGUAUCUGGUGCCACCUUGCUAGUUAGACACAAAUCAUACUGUCAUUUCAAUAUUUUUGAAGCCCAUUUCAGUUAAAUAAUGAUCCAUCAUGGUCCUCGAGAUUUUCAUUUAGAUGUUCAAUCUGAGAUCACAGUGAAGCAAAAAUUAUCUGUCUUUUCACUUCUUUUAGUACAUAAAAAACAUUAUUUAAUCAGUAAGAAUUAACUGUACUAAAUCACAUAUUAAUGCUGUUCUAGAUACAGCAAGCACUCCUUAAGGAAAAUAUCCAGUACACUAAAUAGGUACUAUAGUAAUUUUUAGAGACGGUACCCAUUGAUAUGCAUUUAAACCUUUUACUGCUGUGUUAUGUUGAUAACAUAUAUAAAUAUUAGAUAAUGCUAAUGCUUCUGCUGCUGUCUUUUCUGUAAUAUUCUCUUUCAUGCUGAAUUUACUAUGACCAUUUAUAAGCAAUGCAGUUAACUACAGAUAGCAUUUCAGGACAAAAUAGAUGACUCAAACCAUUUAUUGCUUAAAAAAUAGCUUACGCCAUGCUAUGCUAUAAGCAGCUUUUAUGCACAUUGACAAAUGAAGAGUAAGCUUCAGCUUGCUAAGGGAAACUGUGGAAACUUUUGUAAUUUUGGGUGAAAUGGAAAAUGACUUACAAAUUGUCAACGUAUCUGAGGAAGUUGCUGUAUGACAUAGUGCUGGCACUGAUUACUAUCUGUCCCUCCUCUUGUUUUGGACACUCGUGUAAAUGUGAUGAUUGGAUUGUUUGAAAGAAGAUUUAAAGAUUUAAAGUUUCAAAGGUUUUUGUUUUGUUUUUGUUUUGCAUUUGGAGAAAAUCUGGAACGCAGAAUAGUUGUGUCAUUCACCUUGACAAAACCAUAAGUAAAUGGUUUUAUAGUGUCUCUGAAUAGCUUGCUAAACAAUUCAAGCAAAAAACAUAAGUUUUGUUCAAUCCAUCCGUAACCCAGAGGAACAACAUUUUUUAAAGAGUUUAUAUCAAAGUGUUUAAAAAAAAAAAUCCUAAACACAAAUCUGAAAUCAACCUCUGAAAGUAUUUCACCAAGCACAGGAAAAAUAGUUAAAGAUAAUCUCCUGGCUACCCAUUUCCCACACAUCUCUAAAUGGAACAGUUAUUGGCAAACUCACAUAUCAUAAUUGAUAUUAUUUACAUUUAAUCCUACAAAAAAUUCUAAUUACAACCUGUGUAUAUAACCUGUGAUUUCAAUGAUUGUUCUACACAUACAUUCUAUAUCAUUAGGCCCAUAGUGGGCUAAUAAGUAUGCCUUAAAAAUCAGAAACUGCCCCCGUCACUAUGCUCAUGUGGCCAUUUAAUAAAAACAGAUUUUAAAAAUAUUCAGCUAAAGUGCUAUUGGAAAGAUAAUUGACAUAUUUGGAGAAAUUGAAAGUGGGUCUUUAAAAUUUGAGCUAAAUGAAAAUUGUAUUGAGGAUUCUGUUUCUUUUUAUUUUCUCUUUUUCUUUUUACAAUUCUAUCAUUUGCCAGGGGGAAAUUGGGCUCUAGUUAUCUUAAGGAAUUAAAGGAAGAAUCGGUUUUAAUUAUAUAAUAUUUAAGGACAAACUAUAUAUUUUGCUGUUUAAGGUAGUGACUCACUGAAUGAAAUAAGUAAUUGGCCAACAUUAAGGAUAUUUCAAAUACAGAAGGGUUUAAAGCAUUGCAUUAUAAACUUGGGAAAUGUAUCUAAAGUUUUUUAAGUUCUGUUUUUAUUCUCCUUUUUGUUUAAUUGUGUUUUUAUUUUCAGAUAGAUUAAUAAAUCUGGCAGCUGAUUUCGGCAAGA